AUUAUAUCAAUUCGUUUCCUCCCAUUCUCAAUCAUUUGAUGCCUAAUUCUUCUGUGUCUGACAUGACUUUGUAAGGAUGUAAACCUCUGUUAAUUGUUUAUGCAUUACCCUUGCUUUGAUUGAAGUAGACAAAUUCUCAUCUAUUUUAAUGAUAAGAUUAAAUCAAACUAUUUGUAUAAAUCAAACAAAAUCACUCAAAGUGCUUUACAUAAAACAAAAUCACGCACAAACACAAACGACAUGAAUAAUUACUAAAAUGAUGGAAAGAUCAGGGUAACUAAAAAUGUGCCAACUUCCAAUUAACUUAAAACCAAUUACAGAAUGUUAUCUUAAAUGUGUUAUUUUCAACUAAAAACAGUCUUCCAGCAACAUUUUAUUUGUGGUGCUCAAAAUUCCCUUUCAGUGAGGUAUCAUUUCACAGUCUGCUCAAUCUAGAUGAGAUGGAUUGGAGUGAAAUUUACAAGAAUUUUCAACAAAUUAGCACAUAUAGAAAAAAAAAAAAAAACUGGUACAAGAAGAGGAAAAACGUGCAAGAAAUGGAAAAUUUCUGAACCUUUGCAUUUGGAGGUUGUACUGUGACAGGGGUUAGAGGGGAGGAGAGGGGAGGGCCAGGAUGGACCGGAAGUCAGCCUCCAGCACCCUUUAUAAACCCAAGCCCCUUCACACAUCUCAGGGUCACCAUUUCUGCCUGAAGCUCUGUGCAUCCUCACAGCACAACUUUAGAGACUUGAGGAGUUAUUUUUUUUUUUUUUAAUUUUAAUCUAGAUCUCAAAUAUCUUGUAUCUGUGCUGGAGAAAAUAUCAAAUCUGACAGCAAUCCUUGUGGAUUUUUUUUUCUUCUUUUUUUCCUUUUGGGGCCAUCACUUUUCUGCUGAGCUCGCCGAAAACCAGCUGCAGCCAUUUCUCCUCCACCUGCCAUGUACAGCUCCAGCUACACCCGGGCCAAACUGGGCCCGUUUGAGGGAAGGGAGCCCCUGCGCAGAUCCAAAGGGAAGAGCUGCGGCUACUACAUGAGGAUCGUCUUCUUCUUCUCCUCUCUCAUCCAGACGCUCAUCAUCGUCAGCCUGGUGCUCUUCCUCAUCUAUGGACAACCAGAGAAGUCUGCAGAGGAGAAGAGGGUCAUGGAGCUGGAGCAGGGAUUCAAAAAGCUGAGUGACAAUAAUGUGCAGCUGAGAAAGGACAAAGCCGAUUUGGGAAGUCAGCUGAGCGCUCGGACAGCUGAGAAAGCCGCUUUGGAGAAGGAAAUCGAGAAGCUGAACAGGACAGAACAGCAACUUAGAAUCAGAAUUGCUUCCUAUGAGAGAGCUGCUUCAAUAAAGACCUCGCCACGGUGUCCGAUCAUGCCCAUCCAGCCUCCUUCUGCCAAUUCCAACAACGAAGUGAAGGGUUUGCAGAGUGUCAUCAAUCAGCAGAAAGCUAAGAUAGACCUUAUAGACUCCAACUUCACUCAGACUGUUCAGUAUCUGAGUCAGGAGAGGGACAACGCCCUCAGAGACAGGGACCUACAGCUCCAGGAGGCCAUCAGGCUGCGCAAAGACAACACCCUCGUUAAGGAGCAGCUCCACGAAUACACCAGGAAGUGCAAAGAGGACUUUGCGAGUUCUCUGGACGGGAUCCAGACAGUGACCAGGGACUUCCUGAACCGCAUCAGCGGUCUGUUUCCCCACUACCAGACCUUUCACCUCACCUGUGAGAGCCAGCGGCUGGAAAUGGAGAAGAUUAAAAGCAGCUGCACAAACCUGUCCAGAGACAUUGAGAAUAAGUUCCAGAUGUAUCUGGACAAUGUCGGCAAGAAGGUGGCUGAGAUUCAAGCCCUGUCCUCUCAGAAAGAGGUGCAGAGUAGACAUUUGUCCGCCGAUUUGAAGCAAUGCGAGGAUAAGAUGAAGGAUGCAAUCGCCACGGCAACCAAGGAGUUAGAACGCAAGCAAGGGGAGCAUGAUGAGAAGGUGGAGAAAUUGCUGAUUGAGCAAAAUCGACUGAGAGAAGAGAAGAAAAACCAAGAAGAGAAGGUGGCCCAGAAAGACAGAGAGAUUCUGGAUCUGCAGACGAGGCUGUCUAACAAGGGGGUUCCAUCUAGAACUGGAGUCCCAUAUGGAGCUUCACAGCCGGGUGGACAGACUCCUACUAACUUCUCCUCCAGUGGAAACCCGGGACAUGGCAUCAGCAAAACUCCCACGAUGGGUUAAAAUAAGCCCACUUUCCGUGUCUGCCUGUUACCAAACGCCGAACUGAAAGGAAACAAACGUGUAUAUAUAUUCCCACCAUGAAACUCCUCAGUACAACCUGUAAAUAGUUUGCUUUCAUAUCAACAUAAAUUUAUUUUUUUUAUCGUUUCUGCUUGUAAAAUCCUUUUUGUUUAGCUGUGAAGUUGAUGAUGUACAUUUUUUCUGGUGUCACUCGUGCUCUGUUGUGUGUUUGGUAUAAGAUUAACUCUUAAUAAAACAUAAAAACCCA